UAAAAGAGGGAAAAAAGUGAAAGAAUAAAUGAAUCUUAGGACAUGAGCAUGACAUUGAUGAGCAAGGUAUCCUUUGAUUUAUCUCCUAAGCAAGGAAGCUUUUCUCGGUUGUUAGUGUUCACAUUCCUCACGUAUUCUUCAACUCCUCUCUUUACAGCAUACUCAUAAAUAACACAACUCUUCAUCACUUGAUCAAAUGUCACGUAAUUAGAGACACUAAUUACUGCUAUAAGAGUGUCAUUGGAUGGCUAAUCCUUAUAGUGCAGUUCUCAAACUCACUUUCAUCUUCCUUGUCAUUGCAUCCGCACCAGAACUUGGUGGAAGCAGUAAAUCAGUGACCAUAGUGAAUUACUGCAAGGAAACAGUAUGGCCAGGGAUUACACCAAGUGAGAACUUUAGUGGUGAUGGCUUCACACUGAAACCAGGGCAAUCAGCAGUGUACACCGCACCGGCCGGAUGGAGUGGCAGGAUAUGGGCAAGAACAGGAUGUGAUUUCGACAAGAACGGCAAUGGUGAUUGCCAAACAGGUGGCUGCGGCGGCAAUAUAAACUGCACCGGCCCAGGAACCCCACCUUCCACCAUAGCAGAGUUCACACUCGGUGAUGGUAAACCUGAUUUCUAUGAUGUUAGCCUUGUUGACGGCUUCAACUUGCCUAUUGCAGUGAAAGCUGUGAAUGGCUCUGGGAAUUGCAGCACUGCUGGCUGCGACGGCGACUUGAGGAAUAACUGUCCUUCGCAGCUGACGGUGAAGAAAAACGACAAAGUCAUUGCUUGUAGGAGCGCCUGUGAUGUCUUCAACACUGAUGAGUAUUGCUGCAGAGGCAUAUAUGAGGACCCUGCUAUGUGUUCUUCUUCAAACUACUCCAAGAUUUUCAAACAAGUGUGCCCUGUAGCUUAUAGUUUUGCACGUGAUGACCCAACCAGUGUUAUGACAUGCACUGGAGCAGAUUUCAUUGUCACAUUCUGUGGAUCAAGGAAUCAAACCGUGUGUUCUUAUCAUGGCAAGCAGCUUUUAUGCAAUGGCUCAAAUUCAAAAGGCUUUAAGACAAAACCAGAUUGGUGGUGGGUCUUCUUGCUCUUAGUGGCAUAUGUGUCCAAGUUAUGCUUAUCUUAGCGAAUGGAUAAAAAGGUCAUGCAGUAAUUUAUGUGGCAGAUAUGAUUAUAACAACAACAUAACCUUUUCACCGGUUGGAAUUGACUAGAGAUUCAACUAUCUUUUUUAGUAUACCAUAACUGUAAAUCAAUGUUUCUUUGUUUUGUUGUUUCAUUCACUUUUGUUGAGAACAUCAGUAGAAUCCUCAAUUGUAAUAAACCAUAUAUUAUUGAUUUCUUCAAUCCUAUGAAACACAAGUUAAAAAAGAGUACUAUCCAACUCAAGCAUUUUAUGUAGCAAAUCCAAAAUAUAACUAAGCUAGCACACAAACUUUCUAUUUUUCUUU